GUAUCUUAAGCCUCGGAAGGCUCAAAGUCGAAUCCUUAUAUACAGAAUAUGGUUUGCUUUCCUUCAGUGCAAAAACUUUACAAACCAUAUGUAUGAUGCUCAACUGAGUACAGCUACUUGCAAAAACCGCGCAAAUGUUUUAUACUCCGAGGAUUUCGGAAGCCCCAAGCACGCUAAUCCUAUUUAGUAAGUUUUUCCGAUGGACACUGUCACGAACUUCCGUACUAAAAAAUAAUGACGCAGUUAACGACAAUUACCCCAAGUCUUUCUCACGUGACUGCCCGCGGCUGAACAGACUGCGCCAGGAACUACGACGCAAGUUUGGAAGAGCAUUCAAUAACAUCUCGAAAAUGCUGGGGUGAGCUGAUCAAAGUAAGAAAGGUAGGUUACGAGAUGCCCCGUAGAACAAUAGCACUUUAGUGCGGUACUGGACAACGCAGAAGCAUAUCAGAGAUUUCGAAGCCGCGCGCCACGAGGGCCGCAGUUUCAAUGGUUAGGGAUUGUCGAUAUUUAUCGUGCACUCUGAUACGAGAACGGUCCUUUCUAGAAAUGUUUUGACGGUCUCAUUGGAACAAAAAUCAUUAAUCGAAUAGUUCCUAUAAUGGAUUAUUGUUUGGGUGUCGAAGUGGGGUACAGAUAGGAACUUAUGAAGAUCUCGGCACAAUAGCUAGCUGUUUCGUAUUAUUUUGAAUCGAGGCUUGAUCGUCGUUAUAAAGGAAUACCACUGGCAGAUACAUGUGCAACUAGACAGUUCCAUACGCAGAACCGUGGCGAAUACCCUCUUUUUUCGCACUAACUAU